GUCCUUCUAGAACCAUUCAGGAUCAGUGUCGCCCUCUCCAGUCUGAUUUCAUUCCAGUCAGCCCUUCCCUGUUCGCCCUAAACCACAUCAGCGAAAGCCUUAGAACUGGUCUUCCUAUUGUAGUCUUUUAUUGCUAUUCCUAUGGUAGCUCAGAUGGUAAAGAAUCCACCUGCAGUGUGGGAGAACUUGGUUCAAUCCCUGGGUUGGAAAGAUCCCCUGGAGAAGGAAAUGGCUACCCACUCCAGUGUUCUUCCCUGAAGAAUUCCAUGGACAGAGGAGCCUGGUGACCUGUGUAGUCCGUGGGUUUGUAAAGAAUCGACACAACUGAACAACUAACAACAAUGACAAAAGAUUGCAGCCUUGAUCUCACUGAAAUCCAUUCUCCAUUCCAGUGUGUUCUAGAACACCUUGGGAACUCCUCUGAAUAGAGCCCCAGUCUCCCAUUUAAUGCAGCCAUAUACUGAGAAGCACGGAUGGAUUGUAACUAUUAUUCUUGAGCAAAGAGCUCCAAGACUUCUAUUUCCUGUAUUUGCAAUAAGAAAAGGGAAUUAUAUUCAAAGUCACUUUUCCAUGAGAAUUCUGCUUGCUUACUUCCUUUUAAAAAUAUGUUUAUGUGUCAGUUUUCCAUUUCUACCAGAACAAAUUACCACAAAUUUAGUGGCUUAAAACAACAGCCCAUUUGUUCCAUGGCUUAGAGGUCUGGGCCCAGUGAGGCUCAUCUGGGUCUACUCGCGAGGCUGUAAUCAGGAUUGUCAGCUGGGCUCAACUCUUCCCUGGAGGCGCUGGAGAACAUUUUGCUUUGGAGACCAUUUGAAGAACGUCUCUGGAAGACCAUUCUGCCUACUGCAGUCCAUGAAGGGAACAGAGAGAAACUUGUCCAAGGUAGAAAUGUCUGCCCAGAGGUUAAUUUCUAACAGGACAGCCCAGCAAUCUGCGUCUAAUUCUGAUUAUACCUGGGAAUAUGAGUAUUAUGAGAUUGGACCAGUUUCCUUUGAAGGACUGAAGGCUCACAAAUGUCCCGGGCAAGGACUGGUGCAGAGGGAGGUGGUCAAUGGCCCCAACUCCAAUGCAGAGUCUUCGGAGAAGAGAUUCAGAAUGAAUAGCUUUGUGUCAGACUUUGGAAAGCCCCUGGAGCCAGAUAAGGUGUUUUCUCGACAGGGCAAUGAGGAAUCCAGGUCCUUCUUUCACUGCUACAUCAAUGAAGUGGACCACUUGGAGAAGGCCAAAGCUUGUCUCCAGACCACGGCCCUCGACAGUGAAGUUCAUCUCCAGGAAGCCAUCAGAUGCUGUGGGCAGCCAGAGGAGGAGCUGAACAGGCUCAUGAAAUUCGACAUCCCCAACUUCGUCAACACGGACCAGAACUCCUUUGGAGAAGAUGAUCUCCUGAUUUCUGAAACACCUAUUGUUCUAGAAAAUAAGCCAGUGGUCCAAACCUCACACAAAGAGUUAGACUGAGAAGCACAUUUUAUCAGGUGUCUUCCUGAAAAUGUUGGGUUUGUCAUUGAGUAGCCAGAAAUCUCUAUUCAUCGAGAUUGUGUGUGUGUUUGUGUAUGAGAGACAGAGACAGAGAGAGGCAGAAAGACAGAGAAGAGAACCCUCCGAGAAGAAAGAUGGUGAAGCUGAGUUUUCAUGCUUUUAAACAUAUUUGGAGCUUUGGGGGGAACCAAAUAUUUACACUAUCUCAUCUUCCUUGUUGAAAAACUUGGUCACAUAUUCUGCAUCAGCGUGCGUGAACGGGGUUUGAUGUGUCGUGUUUCCCGUCUGGUCCUGCCAUUGCCAUGCUCUGCCUUUAGCAAGUUACUUUGACUCUCUGGGCUGCCACCUUUUUAUCUGUAAGGUGAGGAGUCUGGAGUAGGUGAUCCAAUAAUGUGUGGACUUUUGACUUUGUAUUCACAUGAGGCUGGAAAUACCCAAAAUUAUAUAAACUAGAGGCUGCCCCCUGGUUCUUGUUAUAACAUUCCCCCAGGUCUGUACAUCUGACUCAACCCUUAAUUGAAUCCAACUUAUGUCAGGAGCUCGAGCAUCUCCCAGGGUGUCAGGAGACCUUGUCUCUCAUGGUCACUGUGGCCAAAUUUAUAGUGUUUUCAUAAAACAGCUCAAACCUGGAGACAGCCCCCACACCCCAUGCCCCAAGAUGAGUACCUUAUAUGACAAUCUCAUCCCCCAAAAUGUAUGGAAGGUUGUCAGCUGAGUAAAGGGAAGUGCCUUCUGUGUCCCUGCGUUAGUGUAACUGUGAUUGGUCACACUGCUGUGUCAUUGGCUAGAGAACAAGAAGAGUGCUAUUUGCCAGGCUGUCUGUUUGCUUGGCAGAUGUGUGGGUGAUGGUUGUGUAGCUAGUGUGUAGCUUUUGAGUUGGGAUGGUGAAUGGGUUAUAAAUACCCCAUCAACAGACAUUCCAGGUGGCUUGGUGCAACUCGAGAGUUAAUUUCACGAAGGAAUUAAAUCUGCACACUGUUUUGGAAAUGACUUUGUUUUGCCCAGUCACAUUGCAUGCAUGGCCAGCUACUAAUCUCUGGGUGGCACUUUCAAUAUGGACUUUUGUUUACCACCUGUCUUGCUUAAACUGAAAAAUAAAUACAUUUAUUGCA